ACAGGUGUCAUGGGAUUUAUAUCUGCUUUGUGAAACCCUCUGCAGUGCAUCAUUUCUCCUUCCAUUUUUAACUAGAAUCAUUUGUGAACAUGUGUAUGAAAUAUUUAUUCUUUUUAAUCUUCUGUCUGAUUUUGUGUAAUGCUGAUCAUGAUUGCAUUUUUGACAAGGGCUGCUCCGACAUGGCCGGUAUACGUGCAUUCAACAUUACGGAAGAUGAUGAGGAGAAUCGAAUUAUAGGUGGUCAGGAAGCGUGGGCACAUUCCUGGCCAUGGCAGGUGUCUCUGGACUACUCUGAUAUGCAGGCAUGUGGAGGGGCCAUUCUUGAUCUGCAGUGGGUCAUCACGGCUGGCCACUGCUUCAGACGUUAUAAAAAGGCAUCGCUGUGGACCGCGGUGGUAGGAAGACACAAUUUGGAGAAUGCUAAUGAAUCCUGCCAUCAAUCUGUAGGGGUGGAAAAAAUCAUCGCUCAUGAGAACUUCAAACAGAAGACAAAUGAGAAUGAUGUUGCCCUGCUGAAACUUCAGAGUCCACUGCAGUUUAAUGAAUGUGUGAGACCUGUUGCUAUCUGGAACAGUGAUGUACUGUCUCAGGAGACGUGUACCGUCACUGGCUGGGGUGCCAUUAGAGAAAAUGGUCCUCGUGCCUCCAGACUCCAAGAGGUCAAUGUAACCGUUUUUAUGCCAGAGACAUGUAACCAGUUUUACAAAGACAAAAUGCACGAGUUUAUGAUGUGCGCAGGAGCGGACGCUGGUGGAACGGAUGCUUGUCAGGGGGACUCCGGUGGUCCCCUUUCUUGUUUCACAGGCGAUAGGUAUAAGCUCAUCGGAGUGGUCAGCUGGGGGGUCGGAUGCGGUCGGGCAAAAAAGCCAGGCGUCUACACUAAACUUUUUCAUUACAAACAAUGGAUUGAUUCUGCAAUACAUGGGGAAUUCAUGGCAGAAGAAUCACGAAUGGAUUCAGCCGCUCAGUGUGGGCAGGCCAAGGUGGACCCCUGUCCACUGCCCAGUGGCUUGGCACAGUUAGUGCCCUCUGUGGAUGGCACAUUUCAGGUGGACAAUGUAAGCGAGGCAUGUCCUCACUCCUGGCCUUGGCAGGUCAGCCUGCAAAGUCACGAUGCACAUUACUGUAGCGGCAUCCUCGUUCACCCAUAUUGGGUACUGGCACCUCGCCACUGCUUUGCCAAGGUUGGAGAUGUUGUGUUCUUGGGAGCUCAUGAUCUCAACUUCAUGUCUGGCCAGACAUCAGCUGUGAAAAGCGUGCAGAGUCUGGCUUACGAUGGCAGCUUCCCACCUGUCUCUGACCUCUCCAUGAUCCGUCUAACUGUCCCGGCUCGAAUAGGAACGACGAUAUUCCCGGUGUGCCUACUGGAAAAAGAUGAUGAAAUAGUUCACGAAGACGGGUCUUCUUGUGUGACAACAGGCUGGGGGCCGAGUAAAACUACAUCGGACCUGAACCCUGAUAUUUUGCAUAUGGCCAAAGUAACAUUACUUUCUGAGAAAGACUGCAAAGCUGGCUGGGGGGAAAUUGUCAGCAAGACGUUUCUUCUGUGCGCAGACGCAGCAGCAUCCACAUCGUGCUUGGGGGACUCUGGUGCACCCCUUGUGUGUCAGAAAGAUGGUCUCUACUACCUUGUUGGACUGGAAGCAGGGGGAGGCAAGAGAUGCGCACCACUGAAACCAGCUGUAUUCACCCGAGUGUCGGCAUUCUACUCAUGGAUACAAACUUGGGUCAAAACUUCCUAAAAUCUGUAAUAAAGCAUAUUAAAUAUUGUAUACAGUC